AUGAAAGAGCACUGCCUUAACGAGAUCGUGAUACACGAAAUGGAUUCUACUGCCAUCGAGCUGCUGAUCCAGUACGCCUACACCGGCCAGAUCACCAUCACGCCCGACAACGUGCAGGUCCUCCUACCUGCCAGCAGCAUCCUGCAGAUGCAGGAGGUCAGGGAGGCGUGCUGCCGCUUCCUGCUCAAGCAGCUUCACCCGACCAACUGCUUGGGCAUCAGGAGCUUCGCAGACACCCAUUCCUGCAAGGAGCUGCACCUCAAGUCACACGUCUACGCCUUGCAAAAUUUUCAGCAAGUGAUCGCCACCGAGGAAUUUUUACUGUUGCCUUUUCAGGAAGUGAAGGAUUUGAUAUCCAACAGCCAACUUAACAUUUCAUCGGAAGAAGAUGUUUUCAGCGCUGUUUUGAACUGGGUUAAACACGAUCUUCCAGACCGUAGUCAAUAUAUUUCUAAGUUAAUGGUUCAUGUACGACUGCCCCUAGUAAAUAGAGAAUUUCUUAUGACCAGAGUAGACAACGAAAAAUUAAUUAGGGAUAAUAUAGAGUGUAGGGAGUUUUUACUUGAAGCAAUGAGAUAUCACCUGGCCCCUGAAAGAAGGUGUGCACUUUCAACUACAAGGACAAUCGAAAGAAAACCGAAAGGAGCAGAUCCUUACUUGUUUGCAAUUGGUGGGGGUUCAUUAUUUGCCAUUCAUUCAGAAUGCGAGGUUUACAAUCCAAAAAGUGACACUUGGUCCAGUAUAGCACCAAUGCAAUGGCGACGGUCCAGGUCAGGAGUCACAGGGCUUAGAAGACUUUUAUAUGUUGUAGGAGGCUAUGAUGGAGCAUCAGAUCUUGCUACAGCCGAAUGUUAUAACCCUUUAAAUAAUUCAUGGAUCCCAAUCACGCCCAUGGGGACUAAAAGGUCAUGUUUAGGAAUCUCUUCUUUUGACGGUCUAAUAUAUGUUUGUGGUGGAUACGAUGGUGCCUCAUGUUUAAGUUCGAUGGAAAGAUUCGAUCCGUUGACCGGAGUGUGGUGUAGCUGUCCAGCCAUGAACACCAGAAGAAGAUACUGUAGAAUAGCUGUAGUAGAAAAUUGUAUAUACGCAUUGGGGGGAUUUGACUCAACAAAUUAUCAGGCUUCAGUUGAAAGGUACGAUCCAAGAGAAGGAAUUUGGCAUCCAGUUCCCUCGAUGUCAUCCAGAAGAAGUAGUUGUGGAGUAGCAGCAUUAGAUGGACAUUUGUAUUGCAUAGGAGGUAACGAUGGAACAAUGUGUAUGGCAAGUGGUGAACGAUUUAAUGUAAGACGAAAUGCUUGGGAACCAAUUAUAUCAAUGCACAAUAGAAGAUCGACUCAUGAAGUGGUGGCCAUCGAUGGUUACAUAUACGCUCUGGGCGGUAACGACGGCUCUUCCAGCCUGAAUAGCGUGGAAAAAUUCGAUCCUCUGCUCAACAAAUGGAUAGUGGUGUCGUGCAUGUCGAUCCGACGAAGUUCGGUCGGAGCGGCCAUCUUGGAUUGCAUCAACAUCGAGCACGUGCUGAAACAAACGAAAACGUGAUAUUCGGUGUGAAUCGUCUACAGGAAGAAAAGUUCGACGUAACAAAUUUGAAGAAUAUUACGUCUAAAAAACACGAAUUAG